CCCAUCCGGAAACUGGAAAGACUGGGACUUUCCUCCCCUCCAAAAGAAAACUACUUCUGUUCACUUCUGCCUCCCCCUUGGCUUGGCAAAGGCCUGGAAGACCCGCCCUGGGCAGCAGCUGGAGGAGGAGGAGGCAGGAAGAAAGGAAGGAAGGAAGAAAGAGAGAAAGAAACAAAGAAACCCAGCAAAGAAGGGAGGAAAACCUCCUGGACAGAGAAUUUAUAUUCAUGUCCUUACCUGCUUGAUCUUCCUGCCAGGAAAAGUAAAGAUCGCAGCCUCCGAUUCUGCCUUCACGCCUCUGCUGAAGUAGGCUCUCCAAGGCCUUUUCCUCCUACAGAAAAUGUACUUUCAGCAGCUGAUCUUGAGUCUGGCAUUAUCAGCUCUGGGUGGUUGCCUAGAAAUCAAGGUUCCCAAUGACCCCGCGGUGGCCCUUGUUGGCCAGGAUGCCACCCUUCGCUGCUCCUUCUCCCCGGAUGCCAAUUUCAGCCUGGAUGACCUCAGUCUUAUCUGGCAGUUGACCGAUACCAAGCGGUUGAUACACAGUUUUUCCGAGGGCCAGGACCAGCUGGCCAACCAAGAAAGCAGCUACGCCAACCGGACGUCCCUCUUCUAUGACCAACUGCCUCAGGGAAAUGUCUCCCUGCUCCUCCGGCGAAUCCAGAUUUCCGACGAAGGGAGCUUCACUUGUUUUGUCAGGGUCCGGGACUAUAGUAGCGCUGCUGUGGCACUGCAAGUUGCAGCUUUCUAUUCCAAGCCCAAUUUGAACCUGGAACCCAACAAGAACCUGAAGCCAGGAGACCUGGUUACGGUGACAUGCCACACUUUCUCUGGUUACCCUGAGGCCAUGGUCCUCUGGCACGAUGGCCAAGGGAACAACAUCACGGAGAACAUCACUACGUCGCAAGUGGCCAACGAGGAAGGCCUUUUUGACGUGAGGAGCAUCUUGCGUGUGGUACUUGAACCAAACAGCACAUACAGUUGCUUGGUGAAGAACCCCUUGCUUCAGCAGGAGACACAUGCUUCAGUCACCAUCACAGGCCAGCACCUUCUCUUUCCAGCUGUGGCCCUCUGGGUCACUGUUGGUUUGACCAUCUGUCUUGUCGUCCUCUUGAUCGCCUUGGCUUAUGUGUGCCAGAAGAAAAUCCGCCAGAGCUGCAAAGAAGAGAAAGAGAAAGCCGGGAUAGAGGAACAAGACGAAGGAGAAGGAUCCAAGACAGCUUUGCAGCCUCUGAAGAGUGUGGAUAUCAAAGAAGACAUGGGAGAGGAAAUAGACUGACAGGAACCAGGAGGGAAUGCCGUGAUAACCCCAGAUAGGUCCUACUCUGUGGGCUCUUCUUUCAGAAGUGGACUGUAGAAAACACGGGAGAGCCUCGUGGAGACAUCUCAACUUCUGUUUACUGGUUUCAGUCACCCGUUUUCCCCUUAUUCAUACUCCUAAGUGUUAACUCUGGAUAGGCUUGGUUUCAUUGUCUGGUGGUUCCCAUCAGAUGUCUCGAAUUGGGAAGAAAGACUACAGCAUUCGCCUUAACCUCCUUCCAUCUUCCUCAUUUGGACUUGGGACACCCAAAUUUUGGACAUAGAUUCAAAGGAGAAAAGGGAGACUGGGCAAACCUGAUGUUCUGCAUAAUUGUUACGCCAAGGAGAAGACUUUGGUUGGAUUGGUGUGUAGAUGUUUCUACCUCUUCGGUUGAUUUUUUUUCCCCAAAAGGCUACUUUAAAAAAACUAACAUAGCUACAAGGGUUUCCAUAAAACACCAAAACAUUUCAUAUCCUGAGGCUGAAAGGAAGCUACAGAGUUCCUUCUGCAAAAGAUGUCAACGCUGGAGAUGAUGGGACAACAUCAUCCACAGCAUCUGAAAGCAGCAGGAUGGCUUUUCUUCUAGGCCUUGAAGCUUUGUCUUCAAGCAGUUUGUUACCACCGCUAGGCAUGUCCGAUCGAUGAAAAAAAUGUUUCAAUUCUCGUUUCUAAAGUAGGGGGCGCUGGCGCUUUAAUAUAGAAAGUAUUUCCGAUUUUUUUACCCAAAAAUUUCGGAUAUUUCCGAAAAUUCGUAAUGAUUCUAAAUGUUUCUAAAAUGGCGGACGCGCAUGCGCAAUCGCCCAAAAAGAAAGGGGGGGGGACUUUACAGGGCUCUCCCGCUCUCAUUUCUUGAGCUAUCCUCAUCAACCCUAGCCCCCACCUUUGCGUCCAUCGUGGAAGCUUCUGAUUGGCUGGGGAGCGGCAGCCAUGUCAGGCUGCGCUAAGCUCCCAUUCUAGGUAGGUUGCAGAAACAAAAAAAAAUUUAAAAAAUAUUUUAAAAAAUAUAUUUAAAAAAAUUUGGGGGGAAAAAAAAUUAACGAAACAUUAAGAGACAAUUAGAGAAUGGGCCAACAAUGGUUCGAAUUACAUUGCUGGUUGCGCUGUGAGACAAUGUCUUGGAAUGCGUAUCAAAAAGCGAGAACAAUCCGAAAUAAUUCCGAUAUACGAUUCAAAACGAUUUUUUGGACAUGUCUAACCACCGCUGAUGUUUUGCCACCCAAAGCAACUGCUUUUCAUCUGUUUCAUGGUAGGCAGGCGCUGGAUCCAUAAGUUUUGCAUGCCGAGGCUCUUAAAUUCAUUUUGCAAUGUCUUGCGUGUGCCUUUAUGUCACCUCUUGACGUGUGGCGACUCCAUGAAUUUCGAGUUUUCUUCGGCAAGGAAUACUCAAGAGGUGGCUUUGCCUAUUUCUUUUUCUGAAAUAUAGCCUGUGCAUAUAUUUCCCUGUGAAAAAAGGUUGGACAUUUUUGUCUAAUGUGGAAUUUCUGCAUUCAGUUUGAGAUUGAGGCCAAUUUGAGGCCAAUUUUGUCCUGUUGCACAAAUGAUUGUGCAUUUGAGGUUUUUUUUUCUCCUUUCCUUGCCUAGUUUAUCCAUACCUCACAACCUCUGAGGAUGCCUGCCAUAGAUGUGGGUGAAACGUCAGGAGAGAAUACUUCUGGAACAUGGCCACACAGCCCGAAAGACAUACAACAACCCUGUGAUCCCGGCCAUGAAAGCCUUCGACAACACAUUUGAGGUUACAUAAAUUGCUCAUUCACGUGGGCAUUUGGGGCACCUCUAAUUGUUAUUAUUAUUUUUAUUGUAUCAGAAGUGGCUUGAGAACAUACUGCAAGUUGCUUCUGGUGUGAGAGAAUUGGCCGUCUACAUGGACAUUGCCCAGGGGAUGCCUGGAUGUGUUACCAUCCUGCCGGGAGGCUUCUCUCAUGUCCCUGCAAGCUAGAGCUGACAGACGGGAGCUCACCCCAUGUCAUGGAUUCCAACUGGCGGCCUUCAGGUCAGCAACCCAACUUUCAGGUCAUCAGUCCAGCUGGCAUGAGGGUUUAACCCAUUGCGCCACUGUGGGUCUUAGACCUCUAAUAAUGUCAGUGGUUCUCAACCUUUUGGCCUUCAACUCCCAGAAAUCCUAACAGCUGGUAAACUGGCUGGGAUUUCUGGGAGUUGUAGGCCAAACAAAAUACCUGGGGACCCACAAGUUGAGAACCAUUGAAUUAUGUGAUCUUGCCAUUCAGCACAUGACUGCAUAGCACAAUUGUGUGACUCCACGGGUGGAGUCUCAGUUGAUGUUUCCAAGCUAUUCUCAUCACUGGGUAGCAACAAAUGAGAGAGUUUCUAUCCGAGAAUCAAACAAUUGCAAGAGUUGUAAGGAGGCACGUGGACCAUCCUGUCCACCUCCUUCAUAAUGCAGAGAUACAAUUCCUCAACUCCCAAUGAAUUCCCACUCAACCAGACCACAGAAAUGGAAAAGCAUAGUUCUGAUUGGGUUUGGCUGUUGACUUUUAGAAGCAGAGGUGAAAAAUGUCAAGAUCAGUGCCAGGGGUCAGGGUGCGUGAUGGGUGGGUUUCCUCAAACACCAUCAAUCAAUCAUGCUCCGGACCAGCACCCUGAUGAAUUGGUGAAUUUCUGCCCUCACCAAUUCCUCCAAAAUCAGACUCAAAGACAUCUGCAGUCUGAGGUUCAAACAUCUAUUUAAUAUUUACAGAGAUAUUUACAAUUGCAGCAAAGUCCAUCGCUCGAAGCUGGCAUUCUUCGGCUCGGCUCAUCUCUCGCACAGUUCAACAGAGAGAUAAGAAGGCACAUUCCUUAGUCCGAAGGAAGUUCUGACCUCCAAGGCCGGAAAUCAUGUCUCAUAGGUCACAGCAGGCUGUCAGUCAAACUGGCCUGCUGUUAACUGUUUCAAAACGGUUGCAAAACAGCUGAAACACUUGAUUUACAUUUCAUAUACACACAACCAAAAAUCCAACAAAAAUUCUUUGGCCAUACCUCUUGUAUUUUUUUUUAUUAAAAAUAUCAGACUGAAUAGGUGCUAGCUGGGAGAAAUCUGCUGGUCAGAUGGUCCCACCCUUUCCUAUAACUUACACGAUGCUCUAAGGUACAUCUCAAUAGCUUGACCCAAAGAGUAGAUGUCAUUUCUUGAAUCUCCAUAUGCAGUCAAAAAAUAAUCAACAGGUAUAGAAUUUAGUGCUGGGAAAAUGUACAUUUGCAGAGUUUGAGGUGAGUAGUUACAUUUCCCUUCUAAUGCCUACCACUUAAGGUGGUUUAUUCCAUUUGCUAGCCUUCUGAUGUGUUGGACUACAUCUCCCACCAUACUUUCUCAUUGGAGGACAUUGCUGGGGAUGAUGAGAGUUGGAAGUCCAGAGGGUGCCAGAUGGGGUUGGGAAAUGGGAAAUGAGAGCUACCAUUUGAAAGACUAAUGUUUGAUUUAGCGUGAAAGACAACCGGCAUGUAAAGAAGUUGAGAUGAGGUUCAAGGUCAAUAGGAAUGUAUUGAAUUGUGGAUUGUCGGGUGCGUCAGCCAGGUAUUUCAAGGGAGCUGGAAACUUUAAAAUCAGAGCUUUUUAUAUGAGUUAGCUAUUUAUGUGUUAGAGUCCUUGGUGCCUUUGGAGAACUAAUAAACGUUUGGUUCUUAUGGAAAA